UUAAUCUUUCGUUUGGAAUCAAAUGUAGUUCUUACUUUUAACUCAAAUUUCCAGGAUGAUGGUUUACUCCAUACCUCGUGUGGAACCCCUAACUAUGUUGCUCCCGAGGUACUCAAUGAUCAUGGAUAUGAUGGCACAACGGCGGAUCUUUGGUCGUGUGGAGUCAUACUCUUUGUAUUGCUUGCAGGUUACUUGCCUUUUGAUGACUCUAAUCUUAUGAACCUGUAUAAGAAAAUCUCCGCUGCUGAAUUUUCUUGCCCACCUUGGAUGUCUUUUGGCGCUAUGAAGUUAAUUACUCGCAUUUUGGAUCCAAAUCCUAUGACACGUAUUACCGUCCCAGAAAUUUUGGAGGAUGAGUGGUUCAAGAAAGAUUAUAAACCUCCUGUUUUUGAUGAGAAAAAAGAUGCCAACCUGGAUGAUGUUGAAGCUGUAUUCAAGGAUUCUGAAGAAUAUCAUGUAACAGAGAAAAAGGAAGAGCAGCCAACUCCUAUGAACGCAUUCGAGUUGAUCUCAAUGUCAAGAGGACUCAACCUUGGGAAUCUCUUCGAUGAACAGGAAUUUAAGAGAGAAACAAGAUUCACAUCUAAAUGUCCGGCCAAUGAAAUAAUCAGUAAGAUUGAAGAAGCUGCAAAGCCCCUUGGUUUUGAUGUUCACAAAAAGAAUUACAAGAUGAGGCUGGAAAAUGUUAAAGCUGGAAGAAAAGGGAACCUUAAUGUUGCCACUGAGGUAUUUCAAGUCGCCCCUUCUCUUCAUAUGGUUGAAGUGCGAAAAGCAAAAGGAGAUACUUUGGAAUUCCACAAGUUUUACAAGAAUCUUUCAACUAGUCUAGAGGAUGUAGUGUGGAAAACUGAAGAGGACAUGCAAAAUAGGUAGUAUUUACUACCAUGUGAAGAGCAAUAGCAUUAGCUUUUGCUGGUGCUACCACAUAUGUAAAAACUUUUACAAGUUCUUUCUUUCUUUCUUUCCUCUUUUUGUUCUUUUUUGGUCUGUUCUUUGUAGUGGGACUUUUUUCUCCCUUGAGAAGUGACCAUGUGAGGAAUUUCCAUUUGUUUUAUCAUGAGUAGGACUUUGUUCCUAAUCACUUGCUGUUUGUGUAACUGGUAUACUCUUUUGACUACUGUAUAAAGCUUAUCAGCUCCCUCAACCAAAAAAAAAAAAAGAAGGAAUCCACCAAGGAGAAUUAUCAUUUUCAUUUUC